CUAAGGGUCACCACCCUGUCAGGACUCGGCUCUACCCGUACUGCAGACCCCAGAGCCCGGCAGCUGGCCUCCGGGAACAGUAGUGCUGUGGCCACCAGAACCGCUGGACUGUAAGGUAAAGAAGUCACUUAAGUAAAUGUGUAUCCCUUGUUUUUUGCUUCAACUUGACCAAGCAGACCUGUCAAAAAGGCCAACUUGAGAAGCUGCCAACCAUGAAUGACUCUGAAGAUCCCCCUGAGUCCUACGACUUCGACCUCAUCAUCAUCGGAGGAGGCUCGGGAGGCCUGGCCGCAGCUAAGGAGGCGGCCAAAUUUGACAAGAAGGUGCUGGUCUUGGAUUUUGUCACACCAACUCCUCUCGGAACUCGAUGGGGUCUCGGGGGAACAUGCGUGAACGUGGGCUGCAUCCCGAAGAAGCUGAUGCACCAGGCAGCUCUGCUGGGGCAGGCCCUGAAGGACUCCCCCAACUAUGGAUGGAAAAUCGAGGACACAGUCAAGCACGACUGGGAGAAGAUGACGGAGUCAGUGCAGAACCACAUUGGCUCGCUGAACUGGGGCUACCGGGUAGCUCUCCGGGAGAAGAAGGUCGUCUAUGAGAACGCUUACGGGAAGUUCAUUGGUCCGCAUAGGAUUAAGGCAACAAACAACAAAGGGAAAGAAAAGGUGUAUUCAGCCGAGCGGUUUCUCAUCGCCACGGGUGAAAGGCCGCGCUACCUGGGCAUCCCCGGAGACAAGGAGUACUGCAUCAGCAGUGACGAUCUCUUCUCCCUGCCUUACUGCCCGGGGAAGACCCUAGUGGUCGGAGCGUCCUAUGUUGCUCUGGAAUGUGCAGGGUUUCUCGCUGGUAUCGGCUUAGAUGUCACCGUGAUGGUGCGGUCCAUUCUCCUUCGAGGGUUUGACCAGGACAUGGCCAACAAAAUUGGAGAGCACAUGGAAGAACAUGGCAUCAAGUUCAUAAGACAGUUCGUUCCGAUUAAAGUUGAACAAAUUGAAGCAGGGACUCCAGGCCGACUCAGGGUAACUGCUAAGUCCACGACCAGUGAAGAGACCAUUGAAGACGAAUUUAACACAGUGUUGCUGGCAGUAGGAAGAGAUUCUUGUACGAGAACCAUUGGCUUAGAGACGGUGGGCGUGAAGAUCAAUGAGAAGACUGGAAAGAUACCUGUCACGGAUGAAGAGCAGACCAAUGUGCCUUACAUCUAUGCUAUUGGCGACAUUCUGGAGGGGAAGCUGGAGCUGACACCGGUGGCCAUCCAGGCGGGGAGGCUGCUGGCUCAGAGGCUGUAUGGAGGCUCCUCUGUCAAGUGUGACUAUGAAAACGUCCCAACAACUGUCUUUACUCCUCUGGAGUACGGCUGCUGUGGCCUGCCUGAAGAGAAAGCUAUCGAGAAAUUCGGGGAAGAAAACAUCGAAGUUUACCACAGUUUCUUUUGGCCGUUGGAGUGGACGGUUCCUUCCCGAGACAACAACAAGUGCUAUGCAAAGAUAAUCUGUAAUCUUAAAGACAACGAACGUGUCGUGGGCUUUCACGUGCUGGGUCCGAACGCCGGGGAAGUGACGCAGGGCUUCGCAGCUGCACUCAAGUGUGGGAUGACCAAGCAGCAGCUGGACAGCACUAUUGGGAUCCAUCCUGUCUGUGCGGAGAUAUUCACCACGUUGUCGGUGACGAAGCGUUCUGGGGGAGACAUCCUCCAGACCGGCUGCUGAGGUUAAGCCCUGGUGUGGUUGCUGCCGCAGGACUACAGACCACACCGCCUUGUUCCCUUGCCCACAUCCAGGUGAAGUUCAGGAAGACUCCUGGGCUCCCGGCACCUAUCCAAGGUGCUGUCCUACGGCCACCAGGUCCCUGGGAUCUCGUGGGUAGGAGGUGGCAGGUAGGAGGUGGCAGCAUCACACUGGGGUCACCUUGACGGACUCAGACAGACAUUUCGGCAGCGCAUCAGGAGAUGCAUCCAUGAAGUCACCAGCCUCAAGCCCUUGCGGUGGGCAGUGACAGAUCAGCUGUCGGACCUGUCCAGCUCGACCUUCCCUUAGGUUGUGUAAUCUCCUUCUCAUGCUGUCUUAUGUCGAUUCUCGUUUUCAUUUUUUUCCCAUGGGGUCAAUGACACUAGAGAUAGGGAAUGUUAGCAAUCAGUUUUGUCUAAUAGCAUGGCGUGGCUGGACUGGCCACAGUCUUAGUGUGUGGAAGGGGGAUGAACUGGCUUACGGGAGCCACACACAUUUGUCCCAGGAAGAGCAAUUGCCCUGUGACUAAAAUACACUGAUGGUUUUGCUGACCCGUGUAGCAUCAUCUGUUUUGGUAAGGUUUAUGUCCCAAACCAGAGAGACCGCGGUCCACUUUGUGCAAGUUUCCCCGCUGCGCACAGCGCUGAAGCCGCUUAGGAAGGGAGGUGGUGACUUGGCCGGACUUCUCAGCUCUGUUGUGCGGCCCUCGCUGUAGGGUAGAUUUUUGCCAGCACGGGAUGUUGGACAACAAACGUCUGUCUCGAUACGGUUUAUUGUCCGUUGGUCUGAACCAACUGAGAUUGUCUGCAGUGGAGAAUGCUUAAUCUGCUUUAAACUUGGGGUUUCUGGGAGGUGGAUUUGGUUUUAGCUUCUGUCCCCUGAGAGCUACAUUCGUAGGCAAGCAGCUCUUUCCAGACACAGCACAUAAAUCUUGUGAGGUAAUUAGUUUUGUGAGGAAGCUGUUCAUAAUGUAAGUUAUUAUUAUUAUCGAACACAGGUGGAUGUGAAGGAUUUUCAGUGAAAAACCAACUGGUUUUUCCCUUUUCUCUUGAACCCAGUGGAACUCUGGCGGCACCACCGCUGGUGUUUUUGCAGCGUGAUUUUAGCUCCUGGGUUACGUGACCGUGAACACGCAGUCUGAGGGCUGUGUUCACACCAUCUUUCCCACUAUAAACAGCCAUCAGGCCACCAGCCCUGGUCCUGUAGCUCCUUUUCUUGCCCUCCCCCCUCACCCGUCUCUACCUGCAGUACUGACUGGUGUUUCCCAGUACACUCUGGGCCGCCUCAGGGAACGUGUGCCUGUCCAGUGUUCAGCACCUUCCCGGCCCCACGAGGCUACCGCACGUCCUCAUCCCAUCAGCUCAUGUGAAGAAGAUAGGAAGAGGAGCAAGGAUAGGGGACCCGAGGGGAGUUGAUUCUGUUCAGUUUUAUUUAUUUAUUUUUAAACAUUUUUUUCUCCCAAGUCUGCCAGUCUUAGACUAGAACGACAGUGUAGGGUUAACUGUUCCUAAUCAUGUUGUGAUUCUCUUAGUGGAACAGCAUGUUCCGCCCCCACGAGAAGGAAUGGCCUUCUUGUUUAUGUUCUGUAAUCGCACAAUGUACUGUAACUCAGAUUCCAAUUCCAUGUAUUUUUGUUACAAAUUUUCUGGGGAAAAAAAAACGUGAACGA